UAGCUAUACAUGGUGUUUGAAGGGCAUCGCUCUGCGAUAACUGCAUGUAGCUACACUAGGUCUUUGGACAACUACAGAAGUCUGGCAGCGCACUUAAAACACAGGUGAGCAGUAACCUGUUAAUGGCUGACCUGGACGCUCCUUUGAAGAUACUCUAGCAUACUUGCCAACCAUGUAAAUUCAUUUUACUGGACACUUUGUUCAGAAAUGCAGGACAUGAAGAAAAAUUGCAGGACAGAAACACUACAUCAAUUAUUUAAUAUGCACACACUUAAAAUUAGGACUGUUUUGCAUCUUCUCUUGUUUGUAGACUUCUUUGUGUUGCUCCCUUUCCCCAGUUUCCCUAACAUCGCUGCUAAUAGCAAAAGGACAAAGGUCAAGUCUCUCCACAUCGUACGCAUGCGCAGCGAGCUAUAUAGAAACUCCCUGCGCGCGAAUGCAGUGACGCGGAGCCGUAUGGUACACCGUAACAAAAACUCUAAACAUUAUAUAUUACCUACAGGUAAUACCUUGGGGAUUAUUGUUACGGAUCGCGUGCCAUACGGACGCGGGACAAUAAGGCUCUGCUGCGGGACAGCGGGACGCCACUGUUUUUUGCGGGACAGUCCCGCGGAAUGUGGGACGGUUGGCAAGUAUGCUCUAGGU